CGAGGAGGCGCCGCGGCGGGUUCUGCGGCACGCCGCGGCGGGGCUGUUGGCCGUGACGAGGAGGUCCCCGCCGAAGCCGUUCAAUUUUUUUUUUCUUUUUGAGGACUCCGAAGCUGUCCAAUUGAUUCGACCGUCCCGUGGACUAGACGUUGACACGAGUAGGCGAGCCUUCUUUUGUUCUGAGACGUCGGAUGAGCUCGCGAGGUCUCCCGAUCGCCGCCACGGCCGACGCCGCUCGCAACGGCAUCAGAUCCGAAGCGAGCAGAGGCCCCGUGGCUGCGGUGGCCAGUGGCCUACUCAAAAGAAGAGGGAAGACACGACGACGAGAGUGGAGGACGACAGCGACCCGCAUCUGAUUCUGGAAGCGUUCACCAGCCACCACCCGGUCCCUCGCCGUCGUCUCUUCCUCCGAUAGAUAUAAGUUGAUGAGAAGAUGAGUGGUGCUGAGGAGCAGCUGCCGCCUCAGGUCAGUGACGUGUCCAAGGUGCAAGACGGUGUUACCAAGCCCAGUUUGGGGAAAGAGCCCGUUCCAGGGAGUGAGCUCUGGACGGAUGGGCUCAUCUGCGCGUUUGAGUUGGUCAAAGGUCACAGGAAGCCUGCUCAUCACAAAUCAUGGCCAACGAUUGAGCAAAUGCAGGAGAAAGGAUCCACUAUGCACACGAGGAAGCACCCGAGAAGGAAUGGGCACCAGAUCAUAGCUCCAAAAGUGGAUGAGAGCAUUGUGUUGGAGAACCCCCAUCAGACUGAAUUCUGUAAUAAUCCUUCAGUUCUCAAAGAUAGGCCAGUGUAUGCUGGGGAGAUUUUGGAUCACAAAUGGGUGCCCAUUGGAUGGAGUAGGAUCGCUGAGCUGGUCCAGAGGGUUCAAUCAGACUCCAGCUGGGAGAAUGAACUGAUGGAGUUCAGUGAUAGUGAGGAUGAUUACACCGUGGCUGAUCUUGCAGCUCCAUACUGGCAGCGUCCUGUGGGGCCUACUUGGUGGUGCCAUGUCACCGCGGGCCAUCCCUCGAUCGAUGCAUGGUUGAAUAGCGCUCACUGGAUGCAUCCGGCCAUCAGAACUGCGCUGAGAGAUGAGAGCAAACUGAUAAGCGACCGGAUGAAGUACCUUCUCUAUGAGGUCCCAGUAAGAGUUGCAGGAGGACUGUUAUUUGAGCUUCUCGGUCAGUCGGUUGGAGAUCCAAAUCACGAGGAGGAAGAUAUACCCAUUGUGCUUCGGUCUUGGCAAGCACAAAAUUUUCUUGUAACAGCAAUGCAUGUCAAAGGUCCUUCAUCCAAUAUAAAUGUGUUAGGAGUGACUGAAGUGCAGGAAUUGCUUCUUGCUGGUGGAGGCCAAACACCUAGAUCUGUGCAUGAAGUAAUUGCACAAUUGGUCAGCCGUCUUUCACGCUGGGAUGAUAGAUUAUUCCGAAAAUACGUCUUUGGGGAGGCAGAUGAAAUUGAAUUGAAAUUUGUGAAUAGGAGAAAUCGUGAAGAUCUGAAUCUUGUCAGCAUAAUACUGAAUCAGGAAAUCAGAAGGUUAGCAACACAGGUAAUCAGGGUUAAAUGGUCACUUCAUGCAAGGGAAGAGAUCGUGCAUGAGCUUCUCAGACAUUUGAGGGGUAACGCCACAAGAGCUAUCUUGGAGAGUAUCAGAAAGUGUACAAGGAACAUGUUGGAAGAGCAGGAAGCUGUGCGUGGACGCUUGUUCACUAUUCAGGAUGUUAUGCAAAGCACUGUUCGUGCAUGGUUACAGGAUAGAAGCCUCCGUGUCACCCACAAUUUGGCCAUUUUCGGAGGUGGUGGCAUGGUUUUAUCCAUAAUCACGGGACUCUUCGGGAUCAACGUCGAUGGCAUACCAGGAGCACAGAAUACACCCUAUGCUUUUGGUUUGUUUACGGGGCUUCUCUUCUUUCUUGGAAUCGUCCUAGUCAGCUUGGGAAUGCUGUAUCUUGGGUUACAGAACCCAGUUAACAGUGAGAAGGUGAAGGUGAGGAAGCUGGAGCUACAGCAGCUGGUCUCCAUGUUCCAGCAUGAAGCAGAGCAGCACGGCAAGGUCAGGGAAGGUCUUAGCCGGCAUGGUACAUCAUCGAGUUCGACUGAGGCCUCGGAUGAAGGGUACAUUCUUAUCUCUUGAGAUUGGAGAUUUUUGUUAACGUGCAAAGCAUGUUUGAAAGUCUGGAACUGAAGAGAAGGGGAGUACAUGGUGAUGGUAUACUUGCCCGUGUUCUAAGAGUUGUAAUCGAGGAAUUCGACAUCAAAAUGUUGGAUAUAAUUCUAACACUAGGUUGGUUCUAUGCUGUUGCUAGAGUAGCUACUUUCUAGUAUCUAUUGUUAGAAGGGAUAGAACGACAAAAGUUCUGGCUUGAAUUAGAUGAUGUACUUCUUAUCGAAUUUCCUGUUGCAGUAAAUACCUCGGAACA